AUGGGAUCGCGGAAUAAGAAACCAUGGCCACAGGCGGCCAAAGUAGAACCACAGACCCCCGAGCCGUCGAAACGGACUACAAGGGCCACAGCCAAAUCAGCAGUCGACCAGAACAUAUCUCAAUCAAUGGAGCCGCCAAAUAACAAGAAACGUAGAAGGGCCUCUCAGAAGAGAUCGACGAAAAAUUUGACCAACGAAGAAACUCCCCAAGUUACCGAAAGUAAUGAAGAAGUGGAGCAGCGGCAACCCUCUUCAAAGGUUCAAGGCAAGCGACGGGCGGAGGAUCCGGAUGAUAUCGAGCAGCGGCCCGGGAAAAAGGCAAAGAAGACUGAUGGUAAAGCAAAGAGAGCGACCGAAGCAAACGAUGCGAAAACACUUGGAAGCCCCCGAGAAUUGUCCACUAAAGCGGUCAAAAUCAUCAGCAACGCCGGUACCGGAUUAUGCAGCGUCUGCCUGGUAAAAUCGUUAAACGGCCAACCGGCCCACAUUACACCAGCCAGCGAAAGGAUGUUCCAGGAGCUGUGGGUCAAGGCUCAUGACUGGGCAAUUGCCGAGGAGAUCUCCCAGGUUUCUGAGGCUAACGGCAUAUUUUUGUGUGCAAGGUGUCACUGGGCCUGGGAUAACAGUCGAUUCAUCUUUGCCCUACCCCUCCGGAUGUUGAAAGCCAUUGCCACAGAAUGGCUCCUGCGCCCCAAAAACGAGCGUCUGUACCUUACCGACUGGAUCAAAAAAGAGUACCCCCAGUAUGACAACUUGUACCACCUCAUCCAACUGCAUCCCGACUUUGUUUUACGAGUCCGAAGACCCACAGAUGUACCUGCUGAUCCGGCGUUACAACUGCCUGGGCGGGAUACCUUCCAUGUCUUCUCAGCUGUCCUCAAGCAUAAGAGGUAUAGGGUGACAGCAGGAGAAGGAGGCGAUCCCUCCAAUGUCGUUUCGCUCCAAGACCGCCUCCAUCCAUAUCGGAUGUGGCAAUUGCCAGAUCACGCAGGUGUCGCUAAUUUGUUUGUGAUGGCUCUGCAUCGUGCUGGCGACGUCAGAAUGAAGUACAACUCCCACUCCAUUGGUGGUGCAGUGCUGAGCUAUCUGUUCCAAAUCCGAGACGUGUUGGAGGCUGAACGACUUAGCCCAUACGGACGGUCAGAAUUACUUCGAAGGAUCAAGCUUCCAGACUAUGUUGGUAGCCUUUCACUACCAGCUGACGAAGACCAGGAUGAUGUUACCGACGCAGAAUCUCCAGUCGAAACUCUUGGGAAGAAGGCGAAAAUGGUUCCCAGGCCUGUCUCAGAGGAGGAUCGAGAGCCAGAGAAGAAAGACAAAGAUGGGAGGGAUCCAGGUAGCAGAGGAGAGAGCCCAAGUCAUAGCGGUGGCCGCCCAGGGCCAAGUGCUGACGGUGAUGAUGAUGAAGACGAAAGCGCCAAUGAUAGCGACGAAUUCGCCAACAGCAGCGACGAAUCCGAGAGCACCACUGUCUUGCGGUCACAUCCUUGGCUCUUCAAAGACUGUAAGCCGGAGACUUUGGCAGAGGAGGCGAGACUCCUACGUGCCUUGGGUUUUAAUAUAUCGGUGUGA